AUGCCGGACUGGAGAUUGGCAAAUGCACAUUUUAUUCUGGCUGUGACGUUGAUGCUGUGGAGUUCAGGAAAAGUACACUCAGUGGAUGUAGCAACAGAGGCUUUUGAUUCUGGAGUCAUAAAUGUGCAGUCACCAUCCACAGUCAGGAAAGAGAAGUCAGCUACUAAUCUGGCAGUGAAACUCUUGCUUCUUGAUGAACUUGUGUCUUUGGAGAAUGAUGUAAUUGAAACAAAGAAGAAAAGGAGCUUCUCGGGCUUUGGGUCUCCCCUGGACAGACUCUCUGCUGGCUCUGUCGAUCAUAAAGGUAAACAGAGGAAAGUAGUAGAUCAUCCAAAGAGACGAUUCGGUAUUCCUGUGGAUCGGAUUGGUGGAAACCGUCUCUCAAAUUCCAGAGGCUAA